UGAAAGCCCCCCUGGCUGGCCAUGCUGGCAGAGAGCUGUCUUCAGCACCUCGCCAUGGUGCUGCGCUGUGCUGCCUAGGCACGCCUGGACCCUUCUGCACGCAGCAGUCCUCUUCUACACUGAAAGAAGAAAUCCAGGUGAAGAAAAAAAACAUGCCUUUGUUUAGUAAGUCGCACAAAAAUCCUGCUGAGAUUGUGAAAAUUCUGAAGGAAAACAUGGCCAUAUUGGAAAAACAAGAAAAAAAAACAGACAAGGCGUCAGAGGAAGUGUCAAAAUCUCUGCAAGCAAUGAAGGAAAUUCUGUGUGGGACCACAGACAAGGAACCACCGACAGAAGUAGUGGCUCAGCUGGCACAAGAAUUGUACAACAGUGGCCUUCUAGUGACACUUAUUGCCAACCUGCAGCUCAUAGAUUUUGAGGGUAAAAAGGAUGUUUCCCAGAUAUUUAACAACAUCCUGAGAAGACAAAUUGGCACACGCAGCCCUACUGUGGAAUACAUUAGUGCCCAUCCACAUAUCCUAUUCAUGCUUCUGAAAGGCUAUGAAUCCCCAAGUAUUGCCUUACGCUGUGGAAUUAUGCUGAGGGAGUGCAUCCGACAUGAACCAUUGGCCAAAAUCAUACUUUUUUCAGAACAGUUCAGAGACUUUUUCAAGUAUGUGGAAAUGUCAACAUUUGAUAUAGCAUCUGAUGCCUUUGCUACAUUCAAGGACUUGUUAACAAGGCACAAGUUGUUGGUAGCAGACUUUAUGGACCAAAAUUAUGAUACGAUCUUUGAAGAUUAUGAAAAGCUCCUUCAUUCUGAGAAUUACGUAACAAAGAGACAAUCUUUGAAGCUGCUGGGUGAACUGAUUCUAGACAGACACAACUUUGCCAUCAUGACAAAAUAUAUCAGCAAACCAGAGAAUCUAAAGCUGAUGAUGAACUUGCUGCGAGACAAAAGCCCUAACAUUCAAUUUGAAGCAUUCCAUGUGUUCAAGGUUUUUGUGGCCAGUCCAAACAAAACGCAGCCCAUUGUGGAGAUCCUGUUGAAAAACCAACCCAAGCUCAUCGAGUUUCUGAGCAAUUUCCAGAAAGAGAGGACGGAUGACGAGCAGUUCACUGAUGAGAAGAACUACCUGAUCAAGCAAAUCCGAGACUUGAAGAAGCCGACGGCAUAAAAAGCUCCACUCAUUUUCCACUGUAGGCAUUAAUCUCAUUUGUUAAGUUCCUCAGUGUCCCUUAAACACCACAAUAGUGCUUGAGAAGGCACGGCAAGUGCCUGGGUUUUUUAUUUUGUCUUUGUUCCUAGAUGUCAAGAGUAUAGGGGUUUUACAUGAAAACUAAAAGAAAAACCAACCUAGAAUAAUAUAUUAUUUUUAAUCGAGACUAGAAUUAUUUAUGUCAGUUUAGAAUCCCUCUGCACUAGAAGCCGCUCUGCCAGAUUUCCAUUUGUGCUCAAGGAGGACAGACCUCCUAGCUUAUCUCUGUGGGCAGCCUCGCGUGCUGGGGAGCGCGUGAGGAGCUCCUGUGUGCCGAUGCUUUCCCUCUGCACCCAUAGCUGUGACUUAGUUUGAGUGCUGCACACACACACACGACUGUGAAAGAGUACAUUUGUCUCUGGAGUUAGCUGCAGUUACAGAUUCUGGUUUUUUAGCCAAAACAGUCACGUUUUUCCUUUGCUUUUGUGUUCUUGUCUUUAAGCUUUCUUUAACCCUAGAUCAGAGGUUUUCUGUUCAGUCUGUGCUGGGGAGGUGGAUGAAGGCACCUGGCUGGGCAGAAUCGCGCACUGCAGGGUGCCCAGCUGGAGGAAAGUGAGAGCACCUCUGUUGGUGAGGUUUGGCCUCAGUGUGAGCUGCCGUGUGGCUGCUGGAAGCUGCUCUCAAAGCUGAGAGUGUCAGCUGGGUGCUCACAUUGAGGCCUUGGAGCAUCCCAAAGGCUGCUGCUUACCUGGUGUUUUCUAUCCCCGGUCAUUCACACGUGGAUUCAGGUUCCGCACGGGCAAUCAUUGCACUGCUCACAUUCAAAGUUGAAUAAGCUCUGUGAUCCAAACAGUGUUCCCUGGGUGUGUUGGGACAGUGCGGGGUCUUUUCUUAGUGGGAUUGAAGGUGUUUUCUGGGGCUUCAUCGGGAUGUGGAGUUUGAGAGCAAGGAGUGGAAAUGUCUUGAGUUGUUCUUGCCAGCUGAAGUCCUGAGUUGUCCUGUUUGUUGUAAGGCUGUUUUGCAGCCAAAGCUGGCACUAAUGCUACAGAUAGAAAGGCCAACUGAAUUGUGAAAAUGGAGCAAGGCUUUUUCCUUCAUAAAACUGUUGUAUAUUGGGGUGACUUUUAUUUAUGUGCUAUAGAAAAGGGAUGAAACUGAAAAGAUUGUGGAUUCAUGGGUUUGUACUGUUUUUUUGUUUUUUGUUUUUUGUUUUUUUUUUCCAGA